ACGUGCCCCCCUGAGUGUGAGGCGGGACUGGACAGCCAGAAGCGGCGCCUGUGUCGGGACUUCCUGUUUGAGGAGGAGAAGCUUUUCUCCCUCUCUGACCCCCAGCAGGAGGAGAAGGCGGUGCCCCCCCCGGUGUCUGAACACUCCCCCGAUCAGGAGCUGGCCGCCCCGGGGGACCAGGACGAGGACGGAGACGUCCGCAUGGAAAUCCUGAAGAUAAUAACGGCGGAGAGGGAGCGGGGGGGGGAGGGGUUCACCCAUGGGGAGGAGCCAGUGAAGAGGUAUGGCGGAUUUAUGCGGCGUGCGGAGGGGGGCGGGGCCCCGGACCACCUGCUGCAGGUGGUGCUAGGCCGGGGCCUGAAGAAGCGCUACGGGGGCUUCAUGAGGCGGGUGGGCAGGCCCGAGUGGCUGGUGGAGAACAGCAAGAGCGGGGGGGUGAUGAAGAGGGCCUGGGAGAACGGGAGUGGGCAGCAGAAGAGACCUGCUCCGGUCCUCUGGAGUCUAAGUCCGGGUCCCCAGACCUGCUCCGGUCCUCUGGAGUCUGGACUUGUUCAGUCAGACCCCACGUGCCCCCCUGAGUGUGAGGCGGGACUGGACAGCCAGAAGCGGCGCCUGUGCCGGGACUUCCUGUUUGAGGAGGAGAAGCUUUUCUCCCUCUCUGACCCCCAGCAGGAGGAGAAGGCGGUGCCCCCCCCGGUGUCUGAACACUCCCCCGAUCAGGAGCUGGCCGUGAAUUACGACGGGUUUUCAAAACGCUACGGGGGCUUCAUGUCCCGGCGCGCCCCCCCCCCCAGAGCCCGAGGCCCCGGGGGACCAGGACGAGGACGGAGACGUCCGCAUGGAAAUCCUGAAGAUCAUAACGGCCGAGAGGGAGCGGGGGGGGGAGGGGUAUUCCCAUGGGGAGGAGCCAGUGAAGAGGUAUGGCGGAUUUAUGCGGCGUGCGGAGGGGGGCGGGGCCCCGGACCACCUGCUCCAGGUGGUGCUAGGCCGGGGCCUGAAGAAGCGCUACGGGGGCUUCAUGAGGCGGGUGGGCAGGCCCGAGUGGCUGGUGGAGAACAGCAAGAGCGGGGGGGUGAUGAAGAGGGCCUGGGAGAACGGCAGCGGGCAGCAGAAGAGGUACGGGGGCUUCAUGGACUAGGACGUCCAGGCCCAAAGGCCCAAAGGCCCAAAGGUCCGGGUCCCCAGACGGGCUCCGGUCCUCUGGAGUCUGGGUCCGGGUCCCCAGACCUGCUCCGGUCCUCUGGAGUCUGGACUUGUUCAGUCAGACCCCGUCCCUCCGUACGCGGCGCCACCGGCUUUGUAAAAUGUGCUUGUGCUUCCUUGAUUGGUUCAACGUGUCCUGAAUAA